CCCGCGGCUGUGGCAUCAUAGCCCCUAGACGGCUUUGCGGCUUUCACCUGCCACCCGCUGCAACCAACACCACAAUCCAACUAGUCUGCUUCAAUAAUAGCAUCGUCAGAUAUCUCGUAAGAAGAGUCUUUCAUCAACGGCGCAGACCAAUCACAGCGUACACGUUUGUUUCUUACACCGAGCCGCAUCCGAAUCACUUCGGCCUACAUCACCAACAUCCCACCCGAAUGGACGCUCGCUGCGCCAACGCUCCGCAAUGAGCUCUCAUAAAUUCGUCCUCACCUCGCUGGAGGCUAUAGCGAAUUCUAAAGAUGCCCAGAAAAACAAAGCGCUCGCAGAUUCCGCAAAGGCUGCCAUCGACGCCAUCAAAGAGUCGGAUCAGUUGCCCGACCCCGAGAUCGUGUUCGCCCCUCUCCAGCUUGCUACUAGAACCAGCAACGCUCAGCUGACCACGACCGCACUCGAUUGCAUCGGCAAAUUAAUAUCAUACUCCUACUUCUCCGUUGAUGGCCCAGCUGAACCCUCGGAUGGUGCCCCCGAACAACCGCGCUCGCCCCUAAUUGAACGGGCCAUCGAUACGAUAUGCGACUGCUUCCAGGGCGAAACAACGGCGGUCGAAACCCAGCUGCAGAUUGUGAAGUCGCUCUUGGCAGCUGUUCUUAACGAUAAAAUCAUUGUUCACGGCGCCGGCCUCCUUAAAGCUGUCCGCCAGGUCUACAAUGUCUUCUUGCUCUCUCGUAGCACAGCCAACCAGCAGAUUGCACAAGGCACCCUGACACAGAUGGUUGGCACCGUCUUUGAGAGAGUCAAGACUAGACUCCAUAUGAAAGAGACCAGACUAGGUCUCAGCAACCUUAAGCUCAAUGCCAGCAAUGCUGCAUUUGAUGGCACCACAGGAGCAGAUGACGACGAGUCUGGAGCUGCUAACGCUGCUGAAGACGAGGCCGACGCUGAAGAACAAGCAUCUCGUGGAACCGACAACGGCGUCAAGUUGACACUUAAAGAUCUCGAAAACCGCAAGAGCUUCGAUGAUUCGACCCUCGGUGACGGUCCUACCAUGGUGUCGCAUAUUAAACCAGCUGCCAAGGCUGGGGACGAUGACUCCGACGACGAACAACAAGGCGCCUCUGGCAACACAGAUGAAGACCUCGACGAAGAAGACGAAGUGUAUAUCCGCGAUGCCUAUCUCGUUUUCCGCUCCUUCUGUAACCUAUCAACCAAAGUUCUACCUUCCGACCAGCUCUUUGACCUCCGCGGCCAGCCCAUGCGCUCCAAGCUCAUCUCUCUCCAUCUUAUUCACACCCUCCUCAACAACAAUAUCACCGUUUUCACCUCACCACUUUGUACUAUUAAGAACUCCAAGAACAAUGAGCCGACAAGUUUUUUGCAGGCUAUUAAGUUUUAUCUAUGCCUGAGCAUUACCAGAAACGGAGCCAGCUCGGUCGAUCGUGUCUUCGAUGUCUGCUGCGAAAUCUUUUGGCUCAUGGUUAAGUACAUGAGACCGUCGUUCAAGCAAGAGAUUGAGGUUAUAUUAAAGGAAAUCUACCUUGCACUGUUGUCCCAAAGAAACGCGCCGUCGACGCAAAAGCUCUACUUUAUCAACAUCCUCAACCGACUCUGCGCCGACCCACGAGCCCUUGUCGAAAUCUACCUCAACUACGACUGCGACCAGAGUGUGGAGAAUAUUUAUCAGACCAUCAUUGAAGAUUUAUCCAAAUUUGCAACUGUCCCUGUCACAAUUACGCCUGUAAACGAACAGGCCUACGAAGAAUCACGACUACGAGCUACUCCUGCAAGCGAAUGGCAGCUCAAAGGAAUUCUUCCCCCGUCCUUGACAGUAGCUCAGAUUAUGCCUCAGCAAGAGGCCGAGCCUGAUUAUCCUAAGGAGUAUGCCAUGAAACGCGCUUCCCUGGAAGCGUUGGUUGAGGCUCUUCGCUCGCUAGUCAACUGGUCUGCUGCAGUUCGACCCGACGUCAACACGAUACGAAAGGAGGGAGCUGAUUACAAGGCGUCGACAGACGAAUUGCGUGCAUCGAUCGAUCCUACGGCAAGUGAGAGCAACUCUCGUAUUGAAACUCCUAUCCCGCCAUCUACUCCAGUUCUGGAUGACGACCCUGCGCAGCUGGAAAAAGAUAAGGCACGCAAGACGGCGCUCAUGAAUGCCAUUCGGCAAUUCAACUUCAAACCUAAGCAUGGUAUCAAGAUGUUGAUCCGCGACGGUUUUAUUGCUAGUUCUAAGCCUGUCGAUAUCGCGGCUUUCCUGCUUAAAGAAGAAAAGCUUGACAAGGCUCAGAUUGGUGAAUAUCUCGGUGAAGGAGACCAAGCCAACAUUGACAUCAUGCACGCAUUUGUUGACUCGAUGGAGUUUACUAAGAGACGCUUCGUCGAUGCCCUCCGCCAAUUUCUGCAGUCCUUCAGACUGCCCGGUGAAGCCCAGAAGAUUGAUCGCUUCAUGUUGAAGUUUGCUGAGCGCUAUGUCCUAGGAAAUCCCAAUGCCUUUGCAAACGCCGACACUGCCUAUGUGCUUGCUUAUUCCGUUAUUCUUCUCAACACGGAUCUGCAUAGCAGCAAGAUUGCCAAGCGCAUGACAAAAGAAGAAUUCAUCAAGAAUAACCGCGGUAUCAACGAUAAUGCUGAUUUGCCCGAUGAAUAUCUUCUGGGCAUCUACGACGAAAUUGCCGGCAAUGAGAUUGUUCUCACCAGUGAAAGAGAGGCUGCGGCUGCAGCAGGCACGGCCCCUGCUCAGACUACAGGUCUAGCCGCUGGUCUCGGUCAAGCCUUUUCCAACGUUGGCAGAGACUUGCAACGCGAGGCGUACAUGGCCCAAUCCGAGGAAAUCUCACUCCGCUCCGAGCAACUGUUCAAGAACCUUUUCAAAAGCCAGCGUCGAAAUGCAGCCAAGACUGGACCCAAGUUCAUUCCAGCCACGUCCUUUAAGCAUGUCGGCCCAAUGUUUGAUGUUACUUGGAUGUCACUUUUCUCCGCACUCUCUGCGCAGCUCCAGAGGUCUCAUAACAUUGAAGUGAACAAGCUCUGCCUCGAGGGUAUGCGCCUUGCCACCAAGAUAGCCUGUACCUUUGAACUCUCAACACCCCGUGAGGCCUUUAUCUCGGCAUUGAAAAACACAACCAACCUGAAUAACCCGCAGGAGAUGUUAGCCACCAACAUCGAGGCGCUCAAGGUCAUUCUUGACCUUGCCCAGACGGAGGGCAACCUCUUGAGAGAGUCAUGGAAAGAUAUUCUCAUGUGUAUUAGCCAACUCGACAGACUGCAACUUAUCUCUGGAGGCGUUGAUGAGAGCGCCAUUCCAGACGUCUCCAAGGCCCGCUUCGUGCCACCCUCAAGAACAGACUCUGACCCUCGACCAUCAACAUCUUCUCGAAGACCCCGUCAAAGAUCCGGCACCGGACCUAAGGGCUUCUCCACUGAGAUUGCCUUGGAGAGUCGCUCAGACGAGGUUGUUCGCAGUGUUGAUCGCAUCUUCACAAACACAGCCAAUCUCAGCGGUGAAGCCAUGGUGUUCUUUGCCAAAGCCUUGACGGAGGUGAGCUGGGAUGAAAUCAAGGUGUCCGGCUCCAAUGACUCCACGCGCACCUACAGUCUGCAAAAGAUUGUCGAAAUCAGUUACUACAACAUGAACCGUGUCAGAUUCGAGUGGAGCAAUAUCUGGGGUGUUUUGGGCGAACACUUCAACCAAGUUGGCUGCCACAACAACAUGAACAUUGUCUUCUUUGCACUGGAUUCGCUACGACAGCUGUCGAUGCGCUUCAUGGAGAUUGAAGAGCUCGCUGGUUUCAAGUUCCAAAAAGACUUCCUCAAGCCGUUUGAACACGUCCUUGCCAACUCUCACAACGUUACAGUGAAGGACUUGGUUCUUCGCUGUCUUAUUCAAAUGAUCCAGGCCAAGGGCGAUAACAUUCGCUCUGGUUGGCGAACUAUGUUUGGCGUUUUUACCGUUGCCGCUCGCGAGUCCUAUGAGAGCAUUGUGUACCUUGCGUACGAAAACGUUUCCCAAGUGUACAAAGAGAAGUUUGGCGUGGUCAUUGCCCAAGGAGCCUUUACGGAUUUGAUUGUCUGUCUAACUGAGUUCUCCAAGAACCUCAAGUUCCAGAAGAAGAGCCUCAACGCCCUUGAGCUCCUCAAGUCUAUUAUUCCCACAAUGCUCAAGACACCUGAGUGCCCACUCUCUCAAUACCAGAAGAAGAGUGACACUAAGACAGGAGAUGAUGGCGAUGAGGGCAAACGGGUUGUCCCUCGUACCUCAGUCGAAGAAGGAUACUGGUUCCCCGUCCUGUUUGCGUUCCAUGAUGUACUCAUGACUGGCGAAGAUCUCGAGGUCCGCUCCAACGCACUGGACUACUUCUUUGCCGCUCUGAUGAAAUACGGCGGUGAUUUCACACCUGAGUUCUGGGACAUCCUAUGGCGGCAGCAACUGUACCCCAUCUUCAUGGUGCUACGCUCUCGUCCUGAAAUGUCCAACGUUCUCAAUCACGAGGAGCUCUCUGUUUGGCUGUCAACAACAAUGAUCCAGGCACUUCGCCAGAUGAUUACUCUGUUCACACACUACUUUGAAGCCUUGGAGCACAUGCUGGACAGAUUCCUCGAACUACUUGAGCUCUGUAUUUGCCAAGAAAACGAUACUAUCUCCAGAAUCGGCAGCAACUGCCUGCAACAACUCAUUCUGAAGAACGUUAUGAAGUUCACGCCCGCUCACUGGAACAAGAUUGUCGGUGCCUUCUGCGAGCUAUUUGAGCGUACAACCGCCUAUCAGCUCUUCACAGCCGCCAAUGUGGCUGGCCCAGGAUCCUUGUCGAUUCCUGCCUCGAACGGUGUUGAGUUUUCAGGAGGCGUCAGCCCCCCCGGUGACGCCCCAGUUGUUGACGAGAAGUCUCUAAAGAUCAACGGCGACAAUAUCAGUGUGAUUUCUGAUAGUGACUCGGCCAACCGCCCCCUGUCUCCUCGUCCAUUUGACGACGAAGCCCGACGAGGUUCUGUUGGCGGCGAGAUAUCGGCGCCGCUCGAAGAGUUCAAGCCCAACUCGAACCUGCAGCAGCAACCCGUUGUGGUGACUGCCGCGCGCCGCCGGUUCUUCAACAAGAUCAUUUCGCGCUGUGUACUGCAGCUACUCAUGAUUGAGACUGUCAAUGAGCUCUUUGGCAAUGAUACAGUGUACGCCAACAUCCCGUCUAACGAGCUUCUGCGCCUGAUGGCGCUCCUCAAGCGCUCGUUCCAGUUUGCCCGCCGCUUUAACGAAGACAAGGAGCUACGCAUGAAGUUGUGGCGCGAGGGCUUCAUGAAGCAGCCCCCCAACCUGCUCAAGCAAGAGUCUGGUGCUGCCGCUACGUACAUCUCCAUCCUGUUCCGCAUGUUUGCGGACGAGAGCCCCGAGCGACUGGGCAGCCGGCCUGACAUUGAGGCAGCGCUUGUACCGCUGUGCAAAGACAUCAUUACAGGCUACUCGAGCCUCGUUGAGGAGAGCCAGCAGCGCAACAUUGCUGCCUGGCGGCCCGUGGUGGUUGAUGUCCUUGAGGGCUAUGCUACAUUCCCUGAGGACGCCUUCAAGUCACAUAUCAAUGCCUUCUACCCACUCUCCGUAGAGCUCCUUACCAAGGACCUCGCGCCUGACCUGCGUGGUGCGCUUCUCACUGUGCUGCGCCGAGUUGGCGAGGUUGCACUCGGCAUUGAAGGCAUGACAAACGUCGAAGAAGCUCGCAGGGCCAGUGUUAGCAGCUCUGCUGGUGGUGGUGGUGGCCCUGCUGUGGACGGCGUAGAAGCCGCCGCUCGCAAGAUGUUAUAAGCUUGCAGGCAAAUAUUUACUAAAGAAGAAGGACUGAAGACAUAAUGCCAGUGUAUAUAGGCGCUGGAUGGAAAAUAUGCUUUGGCUGUUAGAUCGAAUUUUGUAUGUACCACAUGCAUGAAAAAAGCGAGCGUUGCGAUAGACAAUAGCCCGCAAUGCUACAAUAAUUGAAAUUUCUAUUGCCCAUUAUUUACUACGCUUGGAUAAAUCGACGAAUAUUAUCGUUUGUAUAUCUUUUUGGCUGCCUAGUUCAGUAACUUUGCAAUAUAUUCUCGUAGUGGCUCAGCUUCCUCCUCUACCGUUCGGUCAGGUAAAGCCAAAAGAGCAGAUUUCAGCUCCUCAUCACUCUCCGCUGCCACCUUGACUAUCUUCUUUACAAUUUCGUCUUUAUCUGGUGUUGUGACCCUUGUGACCCUCAUGAUACUGACAAAAGUUUCGAAAAAGUCGACGACGCUAAGGCGCAUAAGAAUGUCUUCCUUGUCAAUCAUAUCGAAUGAAGCCCAUUGCAACAGCCCAGCACCUGCAUCCGCAUGCACCGCAGUGAAGAAAUCAGGGAGCGGCUGUUGUGUGAUGGCGCGGAGGUUAAGAGUUGCCAACCGAGGAAGAAGACGAAGCACUCGCCCUUGAGAGAGUGACUGCUGAUUUGUCGUACGCGGCGAUUCUGUGUCUUCCGGUGAUGGCGAACAGAGUGAGACUAUUAAUGUGAGGAACUCUCUAUUCGACAAGAUCAUCUGCCAAAGACGGCCGUGGCCCGGCACACGGCGCUUUAUAACUUCCUGUCCGGUGGUGCCGUUUAUCGUCGGGGCGGGCUGGGCCUCAACAAUGUCGCAAUCUGUUUCAAGCAAGUCACCGAGUACCCUGGCCGCCUUUUCACCAACGCCAACAUCCUUUGCGUCCAGCCAUCGCCGUACCAGUUCCUCGACAACCUCUGGUAGGGUGCUGAGGAUGGCGGCAUCGGCGGCGGUCUUGGCUGCCUUAUGGAUGAUGGCUAGGGCAAGAAGGUUGGCUCCAGGGAGAGGCGAGCUGAGGGCCGCUAGAAUGGAUUCCUGGUCGGCAAUUGUCAACAAGCGAGUAAAAGGUAGUGGGGAUAGAAGCUUGAUUGUGAUGCUAAGGACA